UUGAAAACAUGAUUGGCCAGUCGCAGGCGCAGCCUCGACAAAAUAAUACCUGCCACGUAGUGGAUGUUGGUAAUGAGGAUGAUCCAAUAACAGAUCUUUUUACCUCAAUUGUUGAUAAAUCGCCAAAUGAUGAAUCUGCUGAUCAAAAUAUUGAGAUUGAAAAUCCAAUUGUUGAAGAAAUAUUGAAUUCAAAUCAGUCGGAGGAUGAAUAUGGCCCUCCUUUAGGAUUGAAAGUAGCAGCAGCAUUCAAACGAUUAAUUGCUCAGCCAGCUUCAAAAGAACACAUUGAUCAAAACAAGAUCAAAUUAAAGAUCCCAGAAAACAUUAAAGAAAUGAGGGCACCCAAAGUCAAUUGUGAAAUUUGGACUCAACUUCCUAAAAAAGCUCAAGUUAUUGAUGCAUCACAACAAUUUGUUCAACAAUUUGUUUCAAGAGUUUACUUUCUUGUUCAAUGGAAGCCGCAACAGAAUUUGGUAUGGCUUUUAGAGAAAUUAGCCUCAGGCGACGACAACAAAUUAAACCCUUUUUGUCAAUCGAAAGUGCUGGAAUUUGUGGAUCUUCCGUUCCGGUCACAGAAAACUUAUUCGGAAAUAAUUUAG